AUGACUGAUCGGUGUUUUUGGUGUUUUGGAAUGCCGGCACCAGUUGAACGAACCAGCAGAACGACACAAACGAUUCAAGCGCCUCGUCCCCGACGGCAACAGACACGACCUCAUUUUCAAAGUGUAAGAAUACAAGCAGCGCCACCUACUGAAACUACGCCAUUAAAAGGAAUACUUAAAAAACCCAAUUCCCAUGUCAGGUCACGACGACCUCAUGGAUAUCAACUUCUUCUGCACCAGGUGUGCAACUGUAUAAUAUUACAACAGGACCCGGAAGAUAAGCGUGCAGCAUUUAUGGAUUUAUUGGCCAAUCGCUAUCCAGCGUACGCUGAUAAAAUCUACAGUGGUACAGGAACACAGAGCGAGAUAGCAUAUCCUUUAAAGUUAUUGAUUCUUAACAUCUCAUAUUUUUUAUCCCAUUGUUAG